AUGGUGCAGCUGGGGCGGACACCCCUGACGACAGGGGCCGGGGCACUGGCAAGGGCCCGACCACUGCCGCCGACACCCAGGGGCCGGGCAGCCGCAGAGCAGCGCCCCGUGCAUUGCACAGCGGCUGCGCAGAGCGCCGCCGCUCCAGCAGCAGCUGAUGCCACAGCAGCUGAAAGCUUGGAGGCACAGUCCACGGGGGCUCUGGAGGCUGCGCUGCCGCCGCCACCAGCAGGCGCCGCCGCUGCCGCGGCGGCAGCCUCGCCAGCAGUGGAUGCCUCCCCAGCGCAGCCUCCAGUAGCCCUGGUGACGGCACGCACGCUACCGGCGCAGACGUCGCUGCCGGCGGCAGUGCAGCAGCUGCGUGCGGCGGUGCUGGAGGUGCCCGCGCAAGCUGGGGCCUAUGCCAGCGGCCUAGUGCGGCUGGAGGUGCCGCUGCCGCAGGGCGUCAAGGCACUGUGGUGGCUGCGCGGCCAGCCCGAGGCAGCAGCCGAUUGCGCCGCCCUGCUGCACCCACGCAUCUACUUCUCCCCACGGCGCACCACCGCCGCCGACACCGAGGGCAGCGCGGCGGCGGGGGCGGCCUCGGCCGGCGCGGCCAGCGUGGCGGGCGCGGGCGCGGCCUGGCUGUGGCGCGGCGCGCCGGGGCAGGCGCUGGGCGAGGGCGUGGUGCUGGACAUGCAGCGCUUCUUGGUGGGGGCGGCGGCCUGGCCUCGCAUACGCGCCUUUGGAGGCUCCCGUUUCCAUGCGGAGCAGGCGCCGUCGCCCGAGUGGCGAGAGUUUGGCUCCUACUGCUUCCUCAUCCCGCGCCUGGAGUUCCUGGAGGCCUCGGGCUGCUGCAUCCUGGCCUGCACGGUGGCCUGGGACGCCGCCCACGCAGCGCCGCCGCCAGCUGCCGCCGCCAGCACCAGCAGCGGCGGCGACGGCGGCAGCAGCAGCAGCAGCGCCGCCGCGGUGGGCUUUGCGUCGGCGGCGGCGGCGGCCAUGGACGCAGCGGCGGCGCUGGAUGCCGUGCAGGCCCCCGCGGCGCCCGCGGCCGGCGCCUUCAAGCUGCAGCGACUGGCCUCUCGCCACGUCCCCGACGAGGCCGGCUGGCACCGGCUGAUGGAGGGCACGCACGCUGAGCUGGCGGUCGGCGCCGCCGUCGACGCUGCUGCCGCCGCGGCCGCGGCGGCGGCGCAGGGCGAGGAGGCGGGCACGCCGUCUGUGGAUGCCUGCACUCCGAUGCUCAAGAUCUGCCCCGAGGCGGCCCGCGAGGAGUACCUGCUGAACGGGCAGGAGGGCCUGGACGAUCUGCUGGCGGCGGUGGAGGGCGGGUUCCAUGUCACUGCGUCGCCGCAGGACGGCGGGCUGACCAAGGUCGUGCUGGCGCGACGCACCGAUGUGAGCAUCCGCGGGCGGAUGCCCUCUGGAGCCUCCUUCCUGGGAUCCACGCCCGAGUGCCUCUACACCCGCACCGGCACCGCCGUGGCCAGCGAGGCGGUGGCCGGCACGCGCGCCAGGGGGGCAGGCGGCGACGUGCAGCGCGACUUUUGGCUGGCCUUUGACCUGCUGCGCAGCCACAAGGACCACGUGGAGUUCACUGUUGUGCGGGACUGGGUGCAGCACGCGCUGGGCAGCGUGUGUGAGGCGGUGCAGGUGGACGUGGCCAAGUCGGUGCUGAAGCAGGGCGCGGUGCAGCACCUGUACGGCAAGCUGUCGGCACAGCUCAAGCCGGGCGCCAGCGAUGCACGCCUGCUGGCCGCGCUGCACCCCACGCCCGCCGUGUGCGGCCGGCCGCGGGAGGACGCGCUGGGCCUGCUGGCCGCCGCCGAGCCCUUUGAUCGCGGCUACUAUGCGGGACCCUUUGGCUGGAUCAGCCACGGCGCUGCAGAGUUUGUGGUCGCCAUUCGCUCCGCGCUGGUGCAGCCCGGCGGCGGCGCCGACGCGGCAGGCGCCGGAGAGCUGGCGCAGCGGCGUGGCAGCCACGCCGCGGCCGGCCCCGGCCCGCAGUCGGCGGCCGGCGGCGGCAGCAGCGGCGGCGCCUCCGCGGCGCCGCUGGCUGCUGGGCCCUCCUCGCCCGCCACGCUGGUGUCUCUCUUCGCGGGGGUGGGCAUUGUGGGGGGGUCUGAGUCGACGCAGGAGUGGGCUGAGCUGGACCUCAAGGUCAGGCAGUACGAGCGCCUGCUGCAGGGCGUGCCGCCGCUGGCGGCCGCGCCCAACGUCAACACCCUCUGGGCCCGCCUGCUGGUGGAGGAGCUGUGCCGCCUCGGCUGCAGCACCUUCUGCGUCGCGCCAGGCUCCCGCUCCUCGCCCCUCACCGUGGCUGUGGCGCAACACCCGCGCGCCCGCAUCGUGCCCUGCAUAGACGAGCGCUCUCUGGGCUUCUGGGCGCUGGGCCACGGCCGCGCCACCGGCCGCCCCGCCGCCGUCAUCACCUCUUCCGGCACCGCCGUGGCCAACCUGCUGCCCGCGGCGGUGGAGGCCAGCCAGAGCGGCGUGCCGCUGCUGCUGCUGACUGGGGACCGCCCCGCAGAGCUGCGGGACACGGGCGCCAACCAGACGGUGGACCAGGUGAAGCUGUUUGGAGGGUACGCCAGGUGGCACGCCGACCUGCCGGCCCCGCACGACGCGCUGCCCGCGCGGCUGGUGCUGUCGGCGGUCGACACGGCGGUGCAGCGCGCCACGGGGCUGCCUCCGGGCCCCGUCCACAUCAACUGCCAGUUCAGGGAGCCUCUGGCGCCUGUGGAUGUGGGGGACUGGGACCGCAGCUGCCUGCAGGGCUUGCAACACUGGGAGGCCGGUGACGCACCUUUCACAUCGGUGGCUACCUUGCAGCCGGCUGCGGGCCCACUGGCGGCUGCCAGCCUGGCGGCGGAUCCAGCGGCCGUGGCGGCGCUGCGGGCGAUUGCGGGGGCGCGGCGGGGGCUGAUAGUGGCUGCUGAGCUGGCGCACCCCGAGGACGUGGUGGCGGCGGCGCAGCUGGCGGCGCUGCUGGGGUGGCCGGUGGCUGCAGACGUGCUGUCCGGCCUGCGCGCGGGUGUGGGCCCGCCUGGCGCCAGCUCAUCCGUCCACGGUGACGCCACCUCAGCGCCUGCCCCAGGCCCCACCGCCGUCAUCCACCACUUUGACCACCUGCUGCUGGCAGACCGGUCGGAGUGGGCGGCGCUGCGCCCCGACGUUGUGCUGCAGCUGGGAGGCCACCUCACAUCCAAGCGCACCGCCCAGUUUCUGGAGUGGUGCUGCACAGAGCCGUGGCAAGAAGAAAGCGGAGGCGGGGAGGAGAGCAGCCAGCACGGGCGGCAGCAAGGGCGCCCGCUGCGGUGGCUCCUGGCUGACCGCAGCCCGAAGCGUCACGACCAGUUCCACCUGCUGUCGCACCGCCUCCAGGCGCCGCUGCCGGCGCUGGCGGCCGCGGUGGCGGCGCACCUGGACGCCUCAGGCGCCGCCGCCGCCAGCGGCAGCACCAUCGGCGGCGCAGCAGAGGCGACGGAGCUCCAGCGGCGCUGGGAGCAGCGCCGCUACUGCCGCCUGCUGCAGCUGCUGGACGGGGAGGCCUCGGCCGCUGUGGAUGCCGCCCUGACCCGCAUGCCAGAGCUUACCGAGCCGCAUGUGGCGCGGGCGCUGUCGCAGCAGCUGCCCCCCGGGGAGGGCCUGUUUGUGGGCAACAGCAUGCCCAUCCGAGACCUGGACAUGUAUGCCUGCCCAGCGCCAGCAGCGGCAGCGGCGGCGGCAGCAGCAGCAGCAGCGAGCUCUGCCGAGGGCACCUUCCUGGCUGGCGGCGCCGGCGGCGGGGCUGGGCAGGGCCCCACCCCGCAGCAGGGCGUGGUGGCUACGGGGCUGGGAGCUCCUGUGGCCGCCAACCGCGGCGCCAGCGGCAUCGACGGCGUGCUAUCCACAGCCGCGGGCUUUGCCGACGGCCUGGGUCGGGGCUCCACUCUUGUGGUGGGCGACAUCUCAUUCCUGCAUGACAUCAACGGCCUCAACCUGCUGCGGUCGGGCGAGGCGCGGCCGCCGCUGACGGUGGUGCUGAUCAACAAUGCUGGCGGCGGCAUCUUCUCAUUCCUGCCCAUCGCCGAGGCGCUGCCAGAGGAUGUGUUCACCCCGCUGUGGGCCACGCCGCAGCACGUGGACCUGGAGGGCAUGUGCCGUGCCCACGGCAUCCCGCACCAGACGGUCACCGCCGCUGAAGGCCUGCCCGCUGCGCUGCGCUCCGCCUGGGGAUCCAACCGACACUCCGUGAUUGAGGUGGUGACCAGCCGCACCAGCAACCUGCAGCGCCACCGAGAGAUCCAAGCUGGGGUGAAGGAGGCAGUCGGCGCCGCGCUACGGCUGCUGGAGCAGCCACCAUCGGGGCCGGAGGCCUCCUCCUCAGCAGGGCUUCUGCCAGAGGCCUGUGCGCCGUUUGAGCUGGCGGUACAGUCUGCCAGCUACCACGCGUACCGCCUGCCGCUGGCCCGCCCCCUGACCACUGCCGCGGCAGCGCCCGGCGAGCAGCAGCACCGCCGGGGCUUCCUGCUGCAGCUCAGCCUGGAGGGUCCGGCAGGCGGCGGCCCGGUGCACGGCGUGGGUGAGGUGGCGCCGCUGCCUGGCCUGCACGCCGAGUCGCUGCAGCAAGCCGAGCAGCAGCUGGCGCUGCUCUGCCAGCUGCUGGCGGGCGGCGGCGACAGCAGAUCACCCAGCAGCAGCGGCAGCGGCAGCAACGGCAGCUCUCCGCCUGCCAGCCCCAGCCCCAGCCGCCCGGCUGUGACGGUGCCCCUCACGGUAGCGCUGCUGGGGGGCAGGCUGGCGGACUGGUUGCAGCAAGGGCUCGGGGUGGCCCCAGAGUCGCUCCUGCCAUCGGUGCAGUGCGGGCUGGAGGCUGCGCUGCUGUUGGCGUUGGCGCAGCACCGCGGCGUGUCCCUGGCGCACCUGCUGGCCGGCUGCCCGGCCGAGGCAGGCGGCGCGCAGCAGCAGCAGCACGUGGCGGUGAAUGGCCUGCUGGAUUGCCAGGGCAGCCCCGCCGAGGCGGCGCAGGAGGCUGUGGCCCUGCUGGCCCGCCACCCUUUCAGCGCCCUCAAGGUCAAGGUGGGGCGGCGCAGCGACCCUCUGCAGGAUGCGGCGGCGGUGCUGGCCAUACGGCAGGCGGUGGGCCCCGGCGUGGCACUACGGGCUGAUGCCAACCGGCGCUGGAGCCUGGAGCAGGCGGUGCAGUUUGGCGCGGCGGCGGCGGCGGCGGAUCUGCAGUACGUCGAGGAGCCGGUGGCAUGUACCGCCGACCUGCCUGAGCUGUACCGCCGCACUGGCCUGCCCCUGGCUCUGGAUGAGUCGGUGGAUGAAGGGCUGGUGGGACCCGGGGCUGCCGCCGCCGAGGCGCUGUGCGAGGGGGUGGUGGCGUUGGUGCUGAAGCCGGCGGUGCUGGGCGGCUACGAGCGCGCCGCUGAGCUGGCGGCCUGGGCGCAGCUGCACGGCCUGCACGCUGUGGUCAGCUCCGCCUUUGAGACCAGCCUGGGCAUCGCCCAGCUGGCGCAGCUGGCGGCGGCGGUGGAUGGAGGCGCACCUGGCGGCGGAGGCGGCCCCAUGCACCACGGCCUCGCCACGCAGAGCUGGUUUGCCCAGGACCUGCUGCCUGCGGCGGCCGCGCAGCUGCUGCUGCAGCCACGCACGGGCCCCAGCGGCGGCGAUGGCGGCAGCGCCAGCAUUCAGGGCAUGGACAUCAGCAUGGCUGCUGCCGAGGCUGUGGUGAGCAGCGGCACGGCGCUGGCUCUGGGCUUGGACGCGCAGCAGGCGCCGGAGCAGGCGCCCCGGCAGCGUGCCCAGCGGCGGCGCUGCCACGUGGCCACUUCCAGCGGCAGCUACCACUUCAGCCUGCUGGAGGUGCUGCCUCCCGUGGCGGCAGCCUCGCCUGCGGGCGGCGCCGGCCACCAGCCGCCGGUGCUGCUGUUGCACGGCUUCCUGGGCGCAGCGGGCGACUGGCUGCCCGUGAUGCACGCCCUCGGCCUGGAGCGGCGCUGUGUGGCGCUCGACCUGCCCGGCCACGGCGCCUCCACAGUCCUGACUCCCAGCCAUGGCUCCGCCAGCAACGGCAAUGGAGCUACCAGCAAUGGCAGCAACGGCACGGCUGCUGCGGCUGCGGCCGAGGCGGGCGACCCGCAGGCGGCACACAGCCUGGAGGCUGCGGCGGAGGCGGUGGCAGCGCUGGUUGAGCGGGAGGGCCUGCAGGGCUGCCUGCUGGUGGGGUACUCUCUAGGGGCGCGCCUGGCCCUGCUGCUGGCCGCCCGCUGGCCCCACCUCUUCUCGGGAGUCGCCAGCGUCUCAGGCACUCCGGGCUUGCCGGGUGCAGCAGAGCGUGCGCAGCGCGCCGCGCGGGACGAUGCGCUUGCCGCCGCGCUGCGCCACGGCGGCCUGGACAGCUUCCUGCAUGACUGGUACCAGCUGCCGCUGUGGGUCCAGCUGCGGUCCAGCCCUCGCUUCCAGGCCAUGCUGGCGCAGCGGCGGCGCGGCGGCGACGCCUGCCAACUGGCGACGGUGCUGGCGGCAGCCUCCCCCGGCCGUGCGCCCAGCCUGUGGCAGGAGCUGCCGGCGGCGGCGGCGGGCGGCCGCUUGCCCCCGCUGCUGCUGGUGGCUGGCGGGGAGGACGCCAAGUUUGUGGGUGUGGCAGAGAGGCUGGCCGCAGAGCUGCGGAUGACGGCUGGCGGCCCCACCCAGGCAGCAGCACCGAUCUUGCAGGUGGAGGUGGUGCUGGUGCCGGGCGCCGGCCAUGCGGUGCACAUUGAGCGGCCCGUGGAGCUCCUUGCGGCUCUGCAACAGUUUUGCGACGACCUUGCACGGCAGCAGCUGCAGUUGCGGGGAGUUGUCGCCCCCCUCAACAGAGUUUCCUUGCCAUAA